UACCAUACUACUUGUAGUCCUUCAAGAAUCAAUGUCAAGAUCAAGGAUCAACACAAAGAUCAAGAUCCAUUGGCGCCAAAAGUCGUUUGUGUAUUCCGUGUCUGGUGGAGGGAACAGAGGCGGCGUCCCCGUGGUGCUGUGGUCAGUGGUCAGGUCACGGCGAGUGUGCGGCAGAUUGCGCCUGUGUUUGAGCUGGCCUGGGUCACCUGUGGCCACCUGGUCACCUGUCUACUCUGUGUCUGGUGGAGGGAACAGAGGCGGCGUCCUCGUGGUGCUGUGGUCAGUGGUCAGGGCCCGCCGAGUGUGCGGCAGAUUGCGCCUGUGUUUGAGCUGGCCUGGGUCACCUGUGGCCACCUGGCGGACUGGCGGCGCCUCCCUGGCCUCACCUGAGGGCGUGCAGCAGUGGCGAGACAGCAAGACCCCACCAGCAAGUCCAUUCUGCCCCAGACCCCUCGGGUCAGUGGCCAGCAAGUCCUCCCGUCCAUUCUGCCCCAGACCCCUCAGGUCAGUGGCUGGCAAGUCCUCCUGUCCAUUCUGCCCCAGAGCCCCUCAGGUCAGUGGCUGGCAAGUCCUCUUCUCCAUUCUGCCCCAGAGCCCCUCAGGUGCCAGGUCGGCGUCCAGCGACGGGACUCCCUCCGUGCAUCCUCGGCUCAGGCCCAGGGUUCCUGCAGGACCGGCCGCGGCCAGGAGCAGUGUUGCAAUGGAGGAUGUGACGUCAUGCAGCAGCAGCAGGAACAGCUGGGAGCAGCAGGCGACCCCAGGCGUGAGGACCUACACUUGUGACCACUGCGGCAAAGUGUGCUCCACCAAGGCUGCCAUUGCCAGACACGUCCUCUCCCAUGCCGGCAAGACAAGGCUGAGAGGCAGGAGUGGCCCCACUGAACACACUGCCACCCACACUGGCGGCAGGAACCACAAGUGUGACCACUGCGGGAAGACAUUUGCCCGGAAGAGUCAUCUCUCCUCACACAUCCUCACCCACACUGGGGAGAGAAAGUUCCAGUGCCUGGAGUGUGGGAAAAGAUUUCCCAGGAAGGAUUCCCUUGACACACACAUCCUCACCCACACUGGGGAGAGAAAGUUCCAGUGCCUGGAGUGUGGGAAAAGAUUUAUCAAGAAAGGUAAUCUUGACAGACACAUCCUCACCCACACUGGGGAGAGAAAGUUCCAGUGCCUGGAGUGUGGGAAAAGAUUUAUCCGGAAAGGCCAUCUUGACACACACAUCCUCACCCACACUGGGGAGAGAAAGUUCCAGUGCCUGGAGUGUAGGAAAAGAUUCACCCUGAAAGGUGAUCUUAACAGACACAUCCUCACCCACACUGGGGAGAGAAAGUUCCAGUGCCUGGAGUGUGGGAAAAGAUUUAUCCGUAAGGAUUUCCUUGACACACACAUCCUCACCCACACUGGGGAGGGAAAGUUCCAGUGCCUGGAGUGUAGGAAAAGAUUCACCCUGAAAGGUGAUCUUGACAGACACAUCCUCACCCACACUGGGGAGAGAAAGUUCCAGUGCCUGGAGUGUAGGAAAAGAUUCACCCUGAAAGGUGAUCUUAACAGACACAUCCUCACCCACACUGGGGAGAGAAAGUUCCAGUGCCUGGAGUGUGGGAAAAGAUUUAUCCAGAAAGGCCAUCUUGACAGACACAUCCUCACCCACACUGGGGAGAGAAAGUUCCAGUGCCUGGAGUGUGGGAAAAGAUUUACCAGGAAGGAUUCCCUUGACACACACAUCCUCACCCACACUGGGGAGAGAAAGUUCCAGUGCCUGGAGUGUGGGAAAAGAUUUACCAGGAAGGAUUCCCUUGACACACACAUCCUCACCCACACUGGGGAGAGAAAGUUCCAGUGCCUGCAGUGUGGGAAAAGAUUUAUCCGGAAAGACCAUCUUGACACACACAUCCUCACCCACACUGGGGAGAGAAAGUUCCAGUGCCUGGAGUGUAGGAAAAGAUUCACCCUGAAAGGUGAUCUUAACAGACACAUCCUCACCCACACUGGGGAGAGAAAGUUCCAGUGCCUGGAGUGUGGGAAAAGAUAAGGUGAUCUUGACAGACACAUCCUCACCCACACUGGGGAGAGAAAGUUCCAGUGCCUGGAGUGUAGGAAAAGAUUCACCCUGAAAGGUGAUCUUAACAGACACAUCCUCACCCACACUGGGGAGAGAAAGUUCCAGUGCCUGGAGUGUGGGAAAAGAUUUAUCCAGAAAGGCCAUCUUGACAGACACAUCCUCACCCACACUGGGGAGAGAAAGUUCCAGUGCCUGGAGUGUGGGAAAAGAUUUACUAGGAAGGAUUCCCUUGACACACAUCCUCACCCACACUGGGGAGAGAAAGUUCCAGUGCCUGGAGUGUAGGAAAAGAUUCACCCAGAAAUGUAAUCUUGACACACACAUCCUCACCCACACUGGGGAGAGAAAGUUCCAGUGCCUGGAGUGUGGGAAAAGAUUUACCCUGAAAGGUCAUCUUGACAGACACAUCCUCACCCACACUGGGGAGAGAAAGUUCCAGUGCCUGGAGUGUGGGAAAAGAUUUACCCGGAAAUACCAUCUUGACACACACAUCCUCAGCCACACUGGGGAGAGAAAGUUCCAGUGCCUGGAGUGUGGGAAAAGAUUUACCCGGAAAUACCAUCUUGACACACACAUCCUCACCCACACUGGGGAGAGAAAUUUCCAGUGCCUAGAGUGUAGGAAAAGAUUCACCCUGAAAGGUGAUCUUAACAGACACAUCCUCACCCACACUGGGGAGAGAAAGUUUCAGUGCCUGGAGUGUGGGAAAAGAUUUACCCUGAAGCGUUCUCUUGACAGACACAUCCUCACCCACACCGGGUCCCCCGAGUGCCCAUGAGGUACAAACAACUGCGGUCAAAGGGAAAGAUUGCCGUCCUGAAGAGAGCCCUCGGAUACACUGGUAACACUGCUUAGGGUGUAACUUUAGACCCCAGGCUUGGGGCCAUUGCACUCACCAAACAAUGAAACAAGAAAAUGCAGAAAACAGGGAGAGAAAGUUCCCAGGCCUGCAGUGUGGGAAAAGAUUUGCCCUGGCAAUACCAGUGGUGACUUGUGGGUGUGGUGUGGUGACUGGCCACAACAUUACUGCCACAAACCAGCUGGCAAUACCAGUGGUGACUUGUGGGUGUGGUGUGGUGACUGGCCACAACAUUACUGCCACAAACCAGCUGGCAAUACCAGUGGUGACUUGUGGGUGUGGUGUGGUGACUGGCCACAACAUUACUGCCACAAACCAGCUGGCAAUACCAGUGGUGACUUGUGGGUGUGGUGUGGUGACUGGCCACAACAUUACUGCCACAAACCAGCUGGCAAUACCAGUGGUGACUUGUGGGUGUGGUGUGGUGACUGGCCACAACAUUACUGCCACAAACCAGCUGGCAAUACCAGUGGUGACUUGUGGGUGUGGUGUGGUGACUGGCCAAAAGGUUUAUCCUGCAAUGUAAUGUUGACAAACAUCCUCACCCACACUGUGGUAAGGAAGUACAGGUGUGGUGUUUGUGGCAGUGUUUGUGUAGCAAGAGUGGUGUUGCCAGACACAUCCAAACACACCUGUGGGGGGUGAGGUGUUGUGGAUGUGGUGGUGGUGUGUGAGGGACUUGGAGUGACUAGUGUUUGUGUGUUGUUACUUUGUACUCAAGUGUUGGAAUAAACUUUUGUUGCUAGAA